CAGCCACGCCGACGGUUGGUGACUGAGCGCUGCGCAGGAGUCCGUCUGGAUCCUGGUGGGCGUCGCGAGGCCACUUUUGAAGGACGCAGCCCCGCGUGACUGUCACGCAGAGCGUGAAGAAAGAAGUUGAGGCCCGGCUGGGAGGAGGAAGCAGCAACGGCAUCGAGGGCGGCCGGCGAGCCCCGCGCCCGUGGCUCAAUCCGAACUGCACGCCCGUGGGAUCCAGCCAACAGGGUGAGAAGAUGUCUGGCAACAAUGACUGGUUUCAGAGUUCCCCGGUUCCUAGCUUUGCUCAGAUGCUGAAAAAGAACCUGCCAGUUAAACCAUCAGCUCAGACAGUAACUACACCCUCAGGAUAUUCCUCUGAAAAUUACAGCCUGUCGAAUAUGGCAUCCAAGGUUACACAGGUGACAGGUAAUAUUCCAGAAUCAUUGCUUUCCAAAGGUGUUUCAUCUAUUUCAAAUCCUGUCCUUCUUCCAAAAAGAAUACCUAAAGAAUUUAUAAUAAAAUACAAAUGUGGAGAGAUAAAUCCUGUGUCAGCCUUGCACCAGUUUGCCCAAAUGCAGCGGGUUCAUCUUGACUUGAAGGAAACAGUAACAACAGGUAAUGUUAUGGGCCCAUAUUUUGCUUUUUGUGCUGUGGUGGAUGGUAUUCAAUACAAGACUGGACUGGGACAGAAUAAGAAGGAGUCUAGAUCCAAUGCAGCAAAAUUAGCUCUUGAUGAACUUCUACAAUUGGAUCAACCUAAACCAAGAAGUUUAGAAACAUCAGGUCCUCCUCCUAUCCCUGCAGAACCUAUUGUUUCACCUGAACCAGUUUAUGUUUCAAAAGUACAUUAUGAAAGGAGACAUAUUCAGUAUGCGAAGAUUUCCCAGAUUGUUAAAGAAAUAUUCAACCAACUAAUUUCUAGUCAUUCAGAGUACCUGAAGUGUAGCAAUUCAUUGGCUGCUUUUGUAAUUCAAAGAGCUGGACAACUUGAAGUUGUAGCUCUAGGCACAGGUGAAUACAAUUACAGCCAGUGCAUUAAGCCAAAUGGAAGAGUGUUGCAUGAUACUCAUGCUGUUGUUACAGCAAGAAGGUCUCUCCUUAGGUACUUUUAUAGACAACUUCUGCUCUUCUACAGCAAAAAUCCUGCUAUGAUGGAAAAAUCAAUAUUUUGCACAGAGCCAGCUUCUGAUCUACUCACUCUCAAACAGAGUAUCAACAUUUACUUCUAUAUGAACCAGUUGCCUAAAGGCUCAGCCCAGAUUAAGUCACAGUUGCGUCUUAAUCCACAUUCUGUAUCUGCAUUUGAAGCCAAUGAAGAACUGAGUCUUCAUGUGGCUGUUGAGGGCAAAAUUUAUCUGACUGUCUACUGUCCUGCAGAUGUUGAUAGAGUAAGCAGUAUGUCCUCAAGUGACAAACUGACAAGAUGGGAAGUACUUGGUCUACAGGGAGCAUUGCUGAGUCACUUCAUACAGCCAGUUUAUAUCAGCAAUAUACUUGUUGGUGAUGGGAAUUGCAGUGAUACUAGAGGAUUAGAAAUAGCCGUAAAGCACCGUGUUGGUGAUGCCCUAACUUCAAAACUUCCAAUGUAUUACUUGGUCAACAAACCUCAUAUUAGUUUAGUACCUUCUGCAUAUCCACUUCAAACAAACUUGGAAUAUAAAUCUCUGAGUCUGAAUUGGGCACAAGGGGACAUUUCUUUGGAGAUUGUGGAUGGUCUAAGUGGAACGAUCACUGAAAGUUCCCCAUUUAAAAGUGGUGUGUCAAUGGCGAGUCGGCUUUGUAAGGCUGCAAUGUUAAAUCGAUUUAUUCUGCUUGCCACAGAAGCUAAAAAAGACAACUUACUUAAAGCUAGUACAUACCAUGCAGCUAAGUGUAUGUCUGGAUCCUAUCAAGAAGCUAAAACUUUAUUGAAAUCCUACUUGCAGCAACAUGGCUAUGGCGCCUGGAUUGUGAAAUCUCCUUGUAUAGAGCAAUUUAGUAUGUGAAUUAGGCAAUUCAUUGUCAUAUUAAAAAUCUGUUACUUUUUGGUGUUUUGACUAGUAGAAAUAUUUUUUAAAUAUUGGUGAUUUUCAGCUUUAAAAAUCAGAGUCUUGGGACAGCAGUGGCUAGAGACUGCUGAAAAUUUAUAAAUGUUCAAGUCAAUUUACGUUGAAACAUUAGGGGUUCUAAACUUUUUUUAUUUUUUGGAAAAGUAAUUUUUGAUUUAUUAUGAAGCCAUUUAUUUUUAUAGACUAAAUUAUAAAGCCAUUACUCAUUUUGUAGUUUAAAAGAAAUUUUCUUGUAAGUUUUUAAAGUUAUCCAUGCAGCAGAUAUUCACCAUUGUGUCCUGGUAUGGAACUCAAGUGUUCUGUUGCUUUUUUAUAAUUAGAAGCUAAGAAUAUAAAUAAUUAUCUUAUUCAUUUGUUGAUUUAUUUAACAGACAUUUGACUGCCUGAUUUUUGCCAAUUAUGGUGCUGCAUGAUAUUUAAAAAACAGUAAAACAUCUUUUCUCAUGUCAGAGAAGUUCAUGAAUGCAAACUACAUCUAUAAAUGCAGAAAAAUGUUAAAGUAUGUUAGGGAAUAAUUUGAUAAAUUAAUUAUUUUGAUUAAUAGAGGGUUAUCACAAAUGCUUUAAAUAAGACUGCCCAUUUUCAAGUGUCCUAAUAGAUCCAUCCAAAUGUGAUUUAAUCCUUUUUAAUUUAGAUGAGUGGGGAUUUCUAAUAGUAGACCAAUAAAAGAUUAGCUUUAUAUUUAUAUUUGUUUAUAUAGUGAUUAGAUGGAAAGGAAAAGUUUAAUUACUCAUGAAUUAGGUUAUAUAUCUUUAAUUAAGUUGUGACUUCCAUACUUUACCCUCUUCAACCGUUUCCUUAGUUUCAGUUAUAGAUGAAUUAUAUAUUACUGGUUCUCAGACUUCUUCCCUCCUACCUUGGAUCUUUAUUAAAUUUACAAGUUUCAUGCCAUCCCAUGUGAACUAUUAUAAUGUCUGAUGAAGUUGGUGUAGGUUGUUUCAUUUUUGUCUUGCCAGUGGUUUUCAGCCCCGGGCAAGUUCACUAUGGAUUCAGUGUGACCAAAGAAAAUGACAGCAAAACGUUCUUGGGGUGAAAGGGUCAUACCCAACUUUAUUUUCAGGUGUCAGGUCAGUCACUAAAAUCCCGUUCACUCAGAGUGCGUCUGCAGGCAGCAAGCUGGUCUCUCCCUCUGGGUCCCUCUGUCUGCACAGCUGUCCUCUGGGCCUCUUUGCACAGCCAUCCCACACAGCUGUCCUCAGGGCCUCUCUGCACAGUCGUCCCACACAGCCAUCCUCUGGGCCUCUGUCCUUGGUGCUGCCACCACGCCAGCCUCUGCUCUGCUCUCUUGCAGCCUUGCAGCCCUGCCACCAUGUCACUCCCAGAGCCCUGGGUGGAGCUCUUUAUAUAGAGUCAACAGCCAUGUAUUGCCCACAGGUGUGCAGUGAGCUAGUCAACCACUGCCAGGUGAGAAUCCUGGCCACAGGAACUCUCAUUUUAUCCACAGUUUUAUUGUCUCUUCUAAAAGUACCUUUGCAAGGAUGAAGUCACUAGUGAUUGUCAUUCUUUGUUCAGGAGUGGAAGCUUGUUAGGAAGGGAUCCAAGCUGCCCUUUGUCAAAAGCAUCAAAGCUUACUAUAUUUUUUAUGUGUUAUAAAUUGGGGUUGUAAGAGAGAUUUUGCUUGAAGAAAAACUUAUAAAUUCAGACUUCUGAACUUCAACUUCUCAAGUUGUUUAAAAACCACUAAACUAGUUGCAUCUCAGUUUAAGUCCUCUUUUAACUCUAAGGUUUUAUUACCUGAGGCAAGCAUUGAAGGUGAGGAAAAUGUAGAAGACUGAAAUGGUAGAGAGAAUGCAUUUCAUUUGGAAAUAAUAAAGCAAAUGUUAGAUGGGAAAUAUUACAGUGUUUGGUGCUAGACUAUAGAAGACUGGAUGGAAAAUUUGAGAGUUGAAUCUAGCAGAUGUUCUCAGUUUGGUAGGUAGAGGAGAGCCCUUAAAGGAUUAUGUGUAGGGUAGUAACAUACAUUAAAAAACCAUUCCACAUUUUUUUUUGCUUAUUUAUUAUGGAAAAUUUCAAAUAGACAAGAAUAGAGAGAAUGGUGAAUGAAUCUCUAUGUACCUACCCAUCACCCAGCUUCAAUAAUUAUUGAAACAUGGCAGUAGUAUUUCAUAUAUAUCUCCCCAAAUUUGAUUAUGUUAGAGAAAAUAUGACAUGAUAUUUCAUCUGAAGAUGUUUUAAUAUGUAUCUGUAAAAUAUGAGGACUCUAAUACACAUACACACACGUAUGUGUAUAAACACAGUUCAGUUAGCACACCUUAAAAAUUAAUAGUAAUUCUUCCAUUACCUCAUAAAUGUUUUGUAAGUUGUAGUCAAGAUGAAAACUACAUCCAUAUAUUGGAAUAUGUAUGUUAAUUAUGUAUUAAUGUAUAGGUUUUCUUUCACUCUUUUUUUUCCUUUUGAUUUAGUUCUUGAAAAACUUGGGUCCUUUGCAGAGUUUCCUACAAUCUCAUGUUUGCUGU